GCAAAUUGGCUGCCCCAUAUCCUUUUACAGCUGUUUCGUUCCAUUUCCUCGCACCAUUUUUUUUUCUCAUUCUCUCUCCUUUCUACUGUCGCCUCUUUCUCUUCUACAAAUCCAUCCCCGACGUUGCCUUCCUCUCCCAUGAGCCAGCUGGCCUCCCAUGGCCAUCUCCUCCAAGCCCACACUGACGCAGCAAAGGGACUGAUCGAAGAAGCCAACCAGGGGCGCCCCAUCAAGAGGUUGCUGAGGAAUAAAGAUGUCGAUAGGUGAAAUCCUGCGGGCAGAACUAUCAUCCAGGACGCCGCCUUUCGGUCUUAGGCUAUGGAUUGUUAUUGGCAUCAGUAUUUGGGUCGUAAUAUUGUUUAUACUAGGUUUCAUGUGCUUCUGGUCCAUAUAUCCGAGGAAGCCAAAGAAGCCUUUUGAUAUGAUCCCGGCAUCUCAAAUUCCGGAUGUCUCCAAGGAGAUCACAGUAGAUGAAGCGCGUGAGCAUGCAAUCGUUGAAAACUUUCGUGUGCAAGAAAGCCAUGCCCUGGUAGUGCAGGAGAAACAUUAUGAAAAAGAUUCAGGGAAAAUGUUGGCGCACUUAGUCAGGAGCAAAUCAUGCGAUGCUGAUAAUUUGAGCCAAUGCAGCUCAGCGUACCAAUGUGACAGGGCUGGGAGUUCAUAUUCUGGUGACGAAGGCAGCUCGGGAAAUGCUAGGAGGCAGUAUCUUCAAUAUGCAACUGUCUCUGCAUCUCCUUUGGUUGGUCUCCCAGAGUUUUCACAUCUGGGUUGGGGUCAUUGGUUUACUCUGAGGGAUUUGGAGCAUGCAACAAAUCGGUUUUCUAAGGAGAAUGUCAUUGGAGAGGGUGGAUAUGGGAUAGUUUACCGUGGCCAACUCAUAAAUGGGAGUGAUGUUGCAAUAAAAAAGCUUCUUAAUAACAUGGGUCAAGCAGAAAAAGAAUUCAGGGUUGAAGUUGAGGCUAUUGGCCAUGUCAGGCAUAAGAAUCUUGUUCGCCUUCUAGGAUAUUGCGUUGAGGGAAUCCACAGGAUGCUUGUGUAUGAAUAUGUCAAUAACGGGAACUUAGAACAGUGGCUUCAUGGUGCCAUGCGUCAACAUGGUGUUCUUACUUGGGAAGCCCGGAUGAAAGUCGUUCUUGGGAUCGCUAAGGCGCUUGCUUAUUUACAUGAAGCCAUAGAACCAAAAGUUGUGCACCGUGAUAUAAAAUCGAGCAAUAUCCUAAUUGAUGAAGAGUUCAACGGCAAGCUUUCUGAUUUUGGAUUGGCCAAGCUCUUGGGUGCAGGGAAGAGCCAUAUCACAACUCGAGUCAUGGGAACUUUCGGGUAUGUGGCCCCUGAAUAUGCCAACACAGGUCUGUUAAACGAGAAGAGCGAUGUCUACAGUUUUGGUGUGCUACUACUGGAAGCAGUUACUGGGAGGGAUCCAGUUGACUAUGGUCGGCCUUCUAAUGAGGUGCAUCUAGUGGAGUGGCUGAAAAUGAUGGUCGGCACGAGAAGAGCCGAAGAGGUAGUGGACCCUGACAUGGAGUUGAAACCAGCCACACGUGCUCUCAAGCGUGCUCUUCUAGUGGCACUGCGGUGUGUCGACCCAGAUGCUGAGAAAAGACCCACUAUGGGUCAGGUUGUUCGGAUGCUCGAGGCAGAAGAUGUGCCGUCACGGGAGGACCGUCGGAGCCGAAGGGGCCACAGCAACAACGCAGGCAGCGAGCCCAAGGCAAGCUCAAGCGAGUUCGAGAUAAGCAGUGAUCGAAGAGAUCCGCCGCCUCCUGAGCCUAUGGCAGGGCCGGGGGACCUGAUGGCGUUAUGCCGGGAGGGGCGGGUGAAGGAUGCGGUGGAGUUGCUCGCCAAGGGGGCACGCGCCGACCCGCCCGCCUUCUACGAGCUCGCCGCCGCCUGCUCCAACCCUAAGCUGCUCGAAGAGCUCAGGAAGGUGCACGACUUCUUCCUCCGCUCGCCCUUCCGCGGCGACCUCAAGGUCAACAACAAGCUGCUCGAGAUGUACGCUAAGUGCGCUGCCAUGCCCCACGCCCGCAGGACGUUCGACAAUAUGCCCGACCGGAACAUUGACUCAUGGCACAUCAUGAUCGAUGGCUAUUCCAUGAACGGGCUUGGCGACGAGGCACUUCGGCUGUUCAAGCUGAUGAAGGAGUGCAUGGCGCCGACCAGCCACACCUUCAUGCUUGUGCUCAACGCUUGUGCCAACUCGGAGGCCAUUGAGGAGGCGUUUCUUUACUUUGAUGCCAUGUCCAGGGACCAUGGCAUUGAGCCUGGUGUGGAGCAUUAUGUUGGGAUCAUUGAGGUCCUGGGGAAAUCGGGGCAUCUCAAUGAGGCUGUGGAGUACAUUGAAAAGCUGCCUUUCGAGCCCACUGCCAUGGUGUGGGAGUCACUCUUGAACCUGGCGCGUAUGAAUGGCGACAUUGAUCUUGAGGACCGGGCAGAAGAGUUGCUGAUUUCGCUUGAUCCAUCCAAAGCAAAUCCUAAGAAGCUCCCAACCCCACCCCCGAAGAGGCGGCUUGGGAUUAACAUGCUUGAUGGGAGGAACAAACUGGCAGAGUACCGGCUGCCACCCAAGAUUGAAAAGAAGGUGGUCAACGAGCAGAGGUAUGUCCCAGAUACAAGGUAUGUGCUCCAUGACAUUGAUCAGGAGGCAAAGGAGCAGGCAUUACUGUACCAUAGUGAGAGGCUUGCAAUUGCUUAUGGUCUGAUUAGCACCCCAGCAAGGACUCCGCUUCGCAUCAUUAAGAACCUCAGGAUUUGUGGGGACUGCCACAAUGCCAUCAAGAUCAUGUCGAGGAUUGUUGGGAGGGAGCUCAUUGUGAGGGACAAUAAGCGGUUCCACCAUUUCAAGGAUGGAAAGUGCUCUUGUGGCGACUAUUGGUGAACAUGAAUCCUGUCAUCUGAAUCUGCUAGGACACUGAAGUUAUCUUCUGAACAGGAUUGUUGCCAUCCUACAUGAGUAUAUGUUGACCACCAUGCUUUGAAUACAUAAGAAGUAUAAAGAUUUCUGAUGGUGGUGUUAGUAUUUUAUCUUGCUCUUAGCAGUUAGCACUUGUAUGCAAGACUAUUACUUCUUGAUGCACCGAUAAAUCCCUAUAUCUCUUCUGUAUCCCUUCUUUGUAUGGAUAUUUUGUCUCUGAUGGUUCAAUGCAUUAGUUUUAGAAAUUAGAAUAUAACUUGGUGGUUGUAAGAGGUUCAGCUCUCUCUGUCCUUGGAUUAAUAAACUAAAAUUGAGUCCUA